AUGGCCGGGGAUGGAUAUGACAAGUAUGCAGGAGAUGUGUGGUCUUCAGAAGAGGUGAUGAAUAAAUAUGCACCAAAACAAGAUCCUAAGGAUAUCUGGGCUCUUUUGAGUAAAACAUCCCCACUUUGGAGACUUGCAGACACUGUGCUUAGCUUUGUCUGUAAUGCUGCAGAUUCAGAGUGGCUGUGGAGUCACUGUGGGCUCAUCAAGUCAAAAAAGCGAAGCCGCCUAUCAGUGGAGAAGAUGAAGAAGACAGUAAUCAAGAUUGACUUGAUGUCUAAGAGAGCAAUGGAUGGAUCCCGUAUCAAAUGGAUCAAGCGCACACAUGGAGUGAUGGCAACUGAAGAGGACAUUGCCCAAUCACAAAAUAGAUUAGGUGAAGAAGCACUGGAUGGCUUAGGAGAGGGACUGUCAGAACUGGCAUUACCCACACAGCCUGAUCAUUAUCCCCAGACUGGCAUGGGCAUUUGUUAUAUUUCCUUCUUGAGUGAGGAAGAUAACUUUCUUCUCUCACUUCCCCUUGCUGCUCAGCUGGAAUCCCCAUCACAAUCUGCUCUGCCAGGUUCCCCCAUUGAGACUGACCCUGUCCCCCUCAGCCUCAGCUCCAGCGAAGGCUCAGGAUCCCUUGACUUAGAGUCCAAGCAGCUUGGUACCCUGACAGGGACCAAAUGA